CGCCCCACAUCCCAAUCCGAGGCGACCGCUUUAAGCAGAGCGGUGCGCAACACGGACACACACAGGGGCAGUGCAAAAAGUAGGCGCCCAGCCCAGUAGCCAGAGGGGAGCAGCAGCCGAGCCGCCAUGGCGGUGGGCGCGACCGCCACGAAGAUGCACCCCUUGUCCGCCGCGGCGGUCGGCGGCCGCCCGUCGCUGCUCCACCUCGUGGCCGUCGCCGUCCUCUGCUCCGUGUCCUACCUCCUCGGCGUCUGGCACCACGGCGGCUUCUCCGCCGCUCCCACCGGCGGCGCCGGCACCGGCUCCUCCGUCUCCAUCGCCACCGCCGUCUCCUGCGUCUCCCCCACCACGACCGUCUCCUCCUCCUCCUCGUCCGCGCCGCUCGACUUCGCCGCGCACCACACCGCGGAGGGCAUGGAGGCGGAGGCCGCGCCUGCGAAGCGCGAGUAUGAGGUGUGCCCCGCCAAAUACUCUGAGUACACGCCCUGCGAGGACGUGGAGCGUUCCCUGCGGUUCCCGCGCGACCGGCUGAUCUACCGGGAGCGGCACUGCCCGUCGGACGGCGAGCGGCUGCGGUGCCUCGUGCCGGCGCCCAAGGGCUACCGCAACCCGUUCCCGUGGCCGACGAGCCGCGACGUCGCCUGGUUCGCAAACGUGCCGCACAAGGAGCUCACCGUCGAGAAGGCGGUGCAGAACUGGAUCCGUGUGGACGGUGACAAGUUCCGCUUCCCCGGGGGAGGCACCAUGUUCCCCCAUGGCGCCGGCGCGUACAUCGACGACAUCGGCAAGCUCAUCCCCCUCCACGACGGAUCCAUCCGCACCGCCAUCGACACCGGCUGCGGGGUGGCGAGCUGGGGAGCGUACUUGCUGUCGCGCAACAUCCUGGCCAUGUCGUUCGCCCCACGGGACUCCCACGAGGCGCAGGUGCAGUUUGCACUGGAGCGUGGUGUGCCGGCGAUGAUUGGGGUGCUCGCAUCCAAUCGGCUCACCUAUCCGGCCCGUUCCUUUGACAUGGCGCACUGCUCUCGCUGCCUCAUACCAUGGCAGCUCUAUGAUGGGCUGUACUUGAUCGAGGUUGAUCGCAUUCUGCGGCCUGGAGGGUAUUGGAUCUUAUCUGGACCACCAAUCAACUGGAAGAAACACUGGAAGGGGUGGGACAGGACUAAGGAGGACCUGAAUGCAGAGCAGCAAGCCAUUGAAGCAGUUGCCAAGGGCCUCUGUUGGAAGAAGAUCAAGGAGGUCGGCGACAUUGCUAUUUGGCAGAAGCCUACUAACCACGCUCACUGCAAAGCCUCCCGCAGGCUUAUCAAGUCCCCUCCCUUCUGCUCUAACAAAAACCCGGAUGCAGCCUGGUACGACAAGAUGGAGGCUUGUAUAACUCCACUCCCGGAGGUUAGUGACAUAAAGGAGGUUGCCGGUGGCGAGUUGAAGAAAUGGCCGGAGAGGCUCACUGCAGUGCCGCCCAGGAUUGCCAGUGGCAGCAUUGAGGGGGUCACGGAAGAUAUAUUUCUGCAAGAUAACAAAUUAUGGAAGAAGAGAGUUGGACACUACAAGUCCGUAAUUAGUCAAUUUGGGCAGAAGGGCCGGUACCGCAACUUGCUCGAUAUGAAUGCCAAGUUUGGCGGCUUCGCUGCGGCAUUGGUGAAUGAUCCGGUUUGGGUCAUGAAUAUGGUCCCUACCGUGGGAAACUCAACAACCCUUGGGGUAAUAUACGAGCGUGGCCUCAUUGGAAGCUACCAAGACUGGUGUGAGGGCAUGUCCUCUUAUCCCCGGACAUACGAUCUUAUUCACGCGGAUUUAUUGUUCACUCUUUACAAGGACAGAUGUGAGAUGGAGAACAUUCUGCUGGAAAUGGACAGAAUCCUGAGGCCGGAGGGCACAGUCAUCAUCAGAGAUGAUGUCGACCUGUUAGUGAAGAUAAAGAGCAUCGUGGAUGGGAUGAGAUGGAAUAGCCAGAUCGUGGAUCACGAAGAUGGUCCGCUCGUCCGGGAGAAGCUCCUCCUUGUUGUGAAGACAUACUGGACACUCGGGGACAAUAAACAAUAGCAAUAGCGUGAAAUAAAAAGUUAGAAUGGUUGACAUGUUCGGCAAGUCUCAUAGUUGGCUUACCAUUUGCCUUGUGAAUUUGGAGUUUCUUUUUUUUUGGGGGGGUAUUCUUUUGGUGGAAUUGUUCGCAUAAUGGAGACAUGCUCUCCUUGUUAAGCUAUGAAAGAGGGUGCAUAUGAGAGGUAAACCCAGCAAAGGUAUUGACAUGAAAAGAGAACUAAGUUGUGCCAAGUGGGUAAAUAGAGUAUAAUUCUGGGUUUCA